AUGCCGUUCCAAACGAAGUAUCAACAAGCCGUGGAUAUCCAACGUCACCGAAUCGCCUAUCAUGAGGCGAUCGCCAACAGCUGGAGACAGCUGAAUAUGAGGGACCAGUCGACUCAAAACUCGAUUAUCAAAGGAAAGGAAAAAGGAAUUCAUGUGUUCGAGCAUAAUGCUCUUCUCACCAGACGAGGAAAAUCCGUGAACUUCCUCUCUCAAGGCUCAAGUGAUCAAGUCAAUCAUGAUUGGAAAAACGGACACUACGAGGAAUACUACGAGGGAGGUAACCAACCUGUGAUGUACCCAUCUGAAGUUCAACUGGAUCUGAAUCACGAAGCUGGAUUGUCUGGAGCACCGAAUGGAAGUCAACACGCAGGAUUUCCACAGGUUGGACAACAGGCGGUUUGGGUCCAACAGGUUGGUCCGCAGCAAUGGGUCUCAAUACCUCCUGGCUACCAAUCCAUAUACUGCCAGCAACCUGGGUUCUACACGGCAACGCAACCACCGAUCGGUUACCAAGAAACUGCACCACCACAACAACAAAUCCCACAAGACAACUUCCAACAAUAUCCACAGCAUGUUGUGAACCCAAUGGUCGUGUGCCACCAAACUCAGCAAAGUAUCAACGAAGUCCAUCCAGCCAUUCCUGAAAAAAUUGAAAAUGCAGUCGAAUCGAACAAUUCUGCAAAUCUCCAUAUUCAACUGCCGUUCCGUAUCCCAGACACCAAUUCGCAAACGUAUGGUACCUACGAAUCGGGGUACCGGGACACCCCAUUGGCUACUCUUCUUCCAUCGGAAAAUGCAAUCCAGAACACAAAUGUACAAUCGGGAUCGAAAAGUUUUGUCGGAUCAAGCAGCUUGACAAUUGCGAAAAACAUCCAAUCUUCUCCAAACACUCCAAACGCCUCUUCCGAAAUCAACCAACAAGACUACAACUGCCCAAAAGAAAUCGAAGAGUGUGAGGAGAAACAAAGUGUUCCUUUGCCAACAACCAUCGAAGCAAAUGAAGAAAAGGAAGAAGAAGUGCCAGAUGUAAUUCAAGAAACCGUUGUGAAACAAGAAAUAACAGUAAUCGAGCUUGUGGAGUUUCCACUUUUGAGAAGUGAACCAAUCUGCCAAUCAGCAAGACAGAAAUUAGAACAGGCAAUCAAUCCACUUCUCGAAAAACCAGAUGGCAGACAGCAACACAGGACACAAAAAGUCACUCCUGAAGCCACACAGAAAACAAUCAAUGUGACCACAACUGUCCAACCACUUCCCUCGCUGACUUCGGAGCAGAGUCCACGAUCUUCAUACGCCAAUGCUGUGAAGUCUGCACCUAAAAGUUCUCCUCCUAAGGAUGUGCAGAAAAAAUCUGCGGCAGUUCUCCCUGUUCCAAAAAAAAAACAACCGAGGACGUCAGAUAAACAGGAGAGAAAGGAGCAUAAAACAAUUGUUGUGAAAAAGGCUUCUGUGGUCUACAGUGACAUUCUUCCAAUCGUCACAAAUCGCAAUGGAAAAGAUUCUUGUGCAACCAAGACCAAGAGUCCACCAAAGAAAAGAGAAGAGACUCCAUUUGCCUCCAAGACUACGUUCUCACCUUCUCAUGUUCCACAACCAAUUCUCUUGAAAGAAAAGGAGGAGAAAUCGGAAAAGAAACUGUCUUCUCCAUUCACACCAAUUCCACCACUAUCUCCAACGCCACUUGAAACAACUGCGUCUUUUCCAACUGAAAUUCUUGUGAUGGAACAAGAGAAACAAAAAACGGAGAAUGAUGGAGAAGAGAUAACAUCUUCCUCGUCCUCGUCCCAACAACCAACACCAUCCCAAUCAAAAAAAGAUGGAAAAGGAAAGAAGAAGACCGGGAAACAGCAAAAGAAAAUCAAGAAAAGGAACGGUGUGGAGUUUACGGAGGAGGACGAUAAGAUGUUGGAGAAAAUUAUAAUGGAUAAAGAGGAGAAUGAAAAGAAGAAAACUCCUCCAUCGCCCAUUCCCGACAAUGAGAAUGAUGUCUUUGAAACUCGAAGGAAGCAAAUCUUGGACUCCACGCAAAAAGAAGGAUUCUACUCUUUUGUGCCUAAUGAAGAUGAAGUUGAAGUCGAAGCAGCACAUGAAGGGUCCAGUUCACUCCCACGGUCCCAGAAAGUCAACGUCGAGGACACUGAGGAUAUGGACGAACUGAUGAAUCGGUUAGAUGGAGUUUCAACUGAUUCAGAUACGGAUUCCGUCUUUGAAUAUGUGAUGGAAGAACCAUCCGACGUGAAAGAAGAAGAAGAGAAAGUGGAAAAUUGUGUCUCCAGUGUUUUUUCCAGGAUCAACGCGCUCGAAAAAAUAAGAAAAGAUGGACCGUUGUUGGAGUAUAUGACCAACAACAUUCGGCAAGUCAUCAAAGACUUGUCCAGCCGUCCACCGGUGGGAAAAGAGAAACCAGUCAAAAAACAAGACGCCAGGAUCCAAAAACAAGCGGUGAAAGCAUUCUUCAAGGAUAGGAGAGAGGCAACAAAACCGAGCAGGAAUAACUAUUCCCGUUUUCUCACAGAAGCCUACAAUUGUCUUCUUUUAAAUUAUAAUUCAAAUCUAGUACCUAUAUUUUUUGAUCUCACAAAAUGUAAGAAAGAAGAACUUUCUGCGAAGGAGAAAAUGGUCUUCAUUGAUGUAUUCCAUGAAGAAGGUGGAGUUAAAGACUUUUUGAAUGCUGUUUAA